AUGUCUGAGGCAUCUCUAACGACGGGGGUGGCGUCCGCGAGUCCGGCGUUGACCUCGCAGCGCUACAGUGGCAUCGAGGCCUCGAGGAAGCGGCGUCAGAAGCCCAUUUCCUUUCAGCGCAUGGCCAUGAUCCAAGAGGAGAUUGCACGCAUCAACCAGCACCUUGAGGCGCUAGAAGCAAGCGAGAACAAGACUGCCGGUCCUGACUCAGUUGGGCAGCAUAACCUCACCCCCGAAGAUGUCGUCGACCCCGUCGUGUUGCACAUGCUCACCGUGGAACUAUGUGAACUGGCGGCCUCUGGCGACGCCGUCGGUGCCCGAAUUCUAUUGACCGGCGGCGCAGACCCCAACAGUCGUGACUACGACGGGAGUACACUGCUGCACAUUGCCUGCACGAAUGGUCGCCUAGGAGUAGUCAUGGUGCUCCUUGAAUUCGGCGCGGAUCCCUCGCUGCUGGACCGCGACGGCAACACUCCUCUUGAAGUAGCAGAGGAGAACGGCUUCGGUGACGUCGUGCAGGCACUGUCACGCUGCUUCAACUUCGGGGCCAACGCGGCGCCUGAUUCCUUUACCGGGCAGCCAUCGUCCCUCGAGCUGUCGCCUGCAUCGAUGCACGCGCCGGACUUCUCCGCCGUCCCACAGCCCAUGCUCGGAUCCCUCAUUGUCAUAAUGGUGGGGCUUCCAGGGCGCGGCAAGACUUAUGUUGCGGAGCAAAUUCGGCGGUACUUCCAGUGGAACGGGCUAGCGUGCAGGAUCUUCUCGCACCAAGCAUGCCGCCGUCGUGUCGAGCGGACUAUGACGGAGGGGGUGGACAGAGACGCCAGCGUCUUGUCUCCGACCGGGGUGGCGGAGGUGGAGUUUCGAAUUGCCAAGGAGCUGGCGCACGACCUCACCACGUACAUCUGCAAGACCAGCGGUGUUGCCAUCCUUGACGGCACGCAGACAACACAUGCACGGCGCCAGUACCUCCUGCGUGCGAUUCGCGAUACGCGCCAGAUCAACAUGACGCGCGUCGUCUUUGUGGAGGUGGUGAACAACAACAAGGAGACGAUCCACCGCAAUAUCCUGCACGCCAAGGAAAUGUUCCCGAACGCACCGGAGGACUUUGUGGAUCGCUACUACAAGGUGAUGGCGCAGCACGAGGCGGUGUACAAGACCCUCAAUCCAGUUACAGACUGUGAUAUGUCCUACAUUCGCAUUGAGGACACCCAGACGUACUCGUUGAAUAUGAUCUCUGGCUGGAUGCCCAGCCGACUGGCCUUUAUGCUGCACAACCUCAGUCAAACCCCCAUGAACUUGUACCUCACUCGCGCCGGCGAGUACGUGGACUUACUGAGCGAUCGCAUCGGUGGCAACUCGCGCCUCACCGAGCGAGGCCGCGCCUACAGCCGUGUCCUCUUUGAAUACUUCCAUAAGGAAAUUCCGUCCACAACGUCCUUGACCGUCAUGACGAGCUGCGCGAAGCGGUGCACGCAGACAGUGCACUACUUUGCCGAGGAGUCCAUCAAGCAUCAUUCCACGCCGACCACUGCCUCCGAGCAAGUGGUAGACAGCCCAUCUCUGCGCUGCCGCGUCUUGUAUUUUCCUACACUGGACGACAUCAAUCACGGCGAUUGCGAAGGACAGCUGCUGUCUGACGUUAUGCGAACAAUGCCGAACACCCUGCAGUCCAUGAAGGCGGACCCAUACUACACUGCAUGGCCGAAUGGCGAGUGUAUUCACCAAGUCUUUAACUCGCGCCUGGAGCCUCACAUCCACGACAUCCAGGCCAGCACCACGCCAGUGCUGGUCACCUCUCACCUCCAUCUCUUGCAGGGUCUCUACUCGUACUUCGUGACGGAUGGCGAUAACAUCGUCGCACCGCAGAACGCGUUCAAAAUCGACAUCCCGCUUGAGCACGUCGUCAAAAUCCGUAUGGUCGGUGUGAACCGCGUCGCCGAGCUCAUUGACCUCUCUGAGGCCGUCGUGGCUAUACAGCGGAGCGAGACGGAACUGUCCACCUGA